GCGCGAAGCAACGCUGGAAGGGCUGCCCAAGCAUGCGCACCUAGGAUGGCGCUCCUGCAAUGGGGCCCCGACAUCACGGGAGGCAGGCGCUUCCACAUCGAGGACCCGAACCAUGAGUACCAAGAAGUAAGACGAGCUUUGCACUUCGACCGCGGCUGGGCGCGCGUGGGAAAGAAGGAGGACUGCGAGUUAAGAUGGACGUUAGAUGAGAGAGCGAUCGACUUCGACAAGCUGCGCGACGCGCAGAUGGUCAAUCAUUAUAGAGACAUUCGCUGCCUCACCACUAAAGCGGGCCUCACGCGGACGCUCGACGAGGAGCUCAAGUGGACCGCUUCUGCAGAGUCGUCAGAGUUCUUUCCUCGGUCGUAUGCGCUGGAUGAUGAUGCGAACCGAGCAGCUUUUGUGCAAGACUUUCGGAGGACGGCUUGUUGUGCAGCUCUUAAGGCGUUUGUCAGUGGCCUGCCGGCUCUGAAAAAAGAACUUACCGUUUGUCUGAGGGUGUGCCAGGCCUGGGCCCAUGACCUAGGUGAUACUGAUUAUCCGGGAGACGACUUGAGUGACAUAGUCUGGGAUACGCUCCUCGCGUAUACCUAUAAGUGUACCUCGAAGCAAAAGGCCUCGACGCCAUCCCUGUCAGGAUCAGCAACGAAGCUUGUAGAGGUGGAGGACCCGAUCCUAAAACAAGCUUGUCAUAGAGUCCUAGCAUCACUCAAGGCGAGGCAUGGACAGUUCUCGAUGGACGGCAGCAGAAACAUCUGGCUGACCAAGGCGCCGGAAGCUUGUAGGGGUGUAGGCAUCUCCUUACACCGAAAGCUCGAGGAGAUCCUGGAGGUGGCCGAUAGAUUUCCGGGGCGCGUGGCGCAAAAAUACGUUGAGAAUAGUAAGUUAUGGGAUAAGCGGAAGUUCGAUUUGCGGUGCUGGGUGUUACUAACGGGCGGCGGUGCGUCCGACUUCGACGCCUAUAUUUAUGAACCGUUGUACGCGCGGCUGUGUGCUAAAGCUUGGUCGCUCGACGAUCAUUUGCUCUUGGACGAGAAGCGCCAUUUGUCGAACCUCGCCGUGAACAAAGGGAGUGCGGACAACUUACUCGGGACGCAGAGUGACCUUGAGUCCAUGGUCGAUUUCGAGAAGGUGAAAAGAGGUAUCCGUAAAAUUGUGAAAGCGUUGGCUCGAACAGCACACCAGUUAGCAAGUACACGGUCGCGGUCGUUCGAGUUUCUGGGCGUCGACAUCAUUCUGGAUGAGGCCGCGAAGCCGUGGUUAUUAGAGUGCAAUUUAUCCCCAGCACUCGCGCGACGGAACGACGCGCAGUCGCGAUUGAUCGACAGCGCGUUACGAGGGUGUAUUAAGCGUACGAUUGAUCGAUGGUGCCCGGAGACCGCGCCGCCUCCCCGGGACGACGGCUGGCGCCAUCUACUAACCAUCGAGCCGGCGCCGAAAUUGCCAAAACGGAACCGUGCCCUCCACCUGAAUGUCGACGCGACGGCGUUAGAUCGGUCCUCUCUCGUGAAGAUGGACCGGGGAUCGAGCUGGUUAUCGGCCUACGCCGUCCUCAGGGCGUGGUGGCCCUUUGCUAUGUUGAGGCGGCGCGCGCUCGUGGUCCGCCGCGGCGUCGCGGCGUUGUUCAUUCAGUCAACGGUGAGGCGGUGGCGGGCCGUGUGCGAGUUAAGGAGGCGACAGAUGGCGCGACGGCGCUUCCUCGGCGCGAUGCAGGCGCUCAUCGCCGGUAUAACAAGAAGGCGCCUCGCGUUCACGCGGUUCCGGCGCCUCCGGGCCGCCGCGUCUCUUUGCAGUCGCGUCGCGGCGCCGCGCUUCUACGUGCGGUUGUAUGCGCGGCGGCUGCGGGCGGCGCGCGUCGCGUAUGAUGUCGCGUGCGACGCGGCCGCCGCGACCGACACGACGCCAGCUAUCAAUGCCGCGGCCCGCGCAGCCGCCGCCGUCGCCGUUUGGCAGGCGGCGCGCGAAUCCGCGGCGCGGCCGCUCCGCAACAUGAUGAUGAAGGCGCUGUGCCGGCGCCGCGUCGCGCGGGCCUUUCAUAUGCAACGCCGCGAGCGCCACCGGCGCGCGGCGACGCGGCUCCAGACUUGCUGGAGACGGAGCCGCGCCAGGAGACGCUUCCUUCGCAACCGCGCCGCGGCGCGCCUCGCGCGCUUCACGCAAACAAGGUACCGGGGCGCCGUCGGCCACGCGGCAUUCAUGACGGUGCGGAACGGCGCCGCGGCGUUGCGCCUGCAGACGGCGAUGCGAUUCAGGAGGGCGCAGUUCAUCUGUCAACGGCGCCGAGCUUUGAGAAUAGAACGAGCUCGCGUCGCGCGGGAGUUGAGGGCAGUUCUCCGACUGCAGGCAAUGGCUCACAAACGGCGCCGCUACGUGCGAGCACGAGCAAGAGCUCUCCAUGAAUCCGAGGUGAGGGCCUCGACAAAGCUACAGGCCCAUCGACGCCGUCUGAAGGCCCUUGAUAAAGUAAGGACGCUCCGCGCGCGAAUAUAUAUAGUGACGUGGUCGCAGAGGCGCUACCGCGGUUCUAUUGGGCGUUGUGAAGGCGCUCUUUACUACAUAGUGCGCUGGUGUCAACGAACCUACCGGGGCCGGCGCGGCCGCGCUAUUUACGCCCUCCGCCGGAGGCUCAAGAGAAAACACGACGCGCGCGUCGCGACCGCUAUAUAUCUACAGAAGCGGUGGCGCGGGCGGACGGGCCGCGAGUUUUACAGGAGGAAGCGCUCAGCAAAAUUACUCGUGGACUUCGUGCGGCGCGGGCUCUGGGAGAAGCUCCAGGACCGCGCGUUCGGCGGCCGGCCGCUGCCUCGUAUGAAGCGGAGCGGCCCGGGCAGCCGAUCGGGCGAGCCCUACGCGCUGCCUCCUUCAGAACCGGUCGACGAGCCGACGGCCGAGACGGCGUCGGUGCGCACCGACGACGGCGAGGAGAUGGUCGCCGUGCGCAGCGACGACUCGGACGAGGAGUUUAUACAGUACCUCAAGAGGUUCGAGGACCCGGGCGCCUUCAUCGACUUCCACACCAUCGGCCAGCCCGCCUGGAAGCUCGGCGAGCCGCCCAAGAAGCGCAAGGGGAAGAGGAAGAAGAAGCAGGUCGAUGGCUUCAUCAACGUGCCCUGGAAUUUAUAACUACAUGUA